AAGAGAAGAGAGUUAGCUUAAACUGUCAUACAACGAAACGCAUAUCGAAACACACAAGCACGCAUAUAUAACAGAAAUAUAUAUAUAUAUAUAUAUAUUAUUUAUUACGUGUGGGUAUCGGUAAGAAACUUCAGCAAGUCUCUUCCUGGAGAAGCCCACGAAACCAAACUAUUUCAUAUAAAUAUAUUAUAAAUAGGGCAUUUAUAUCUCUACUUCUCUUCCAUUUUGAUUUGACCCUUUGUUUUUUCCGCUCACCCAAUUUAUCAAUCUUUAUCUUCCCAAACCCUUGACACUCAUUUUUCCUGAUUGAUAGCUCAAGAGGUGGAAAUUUUACUAUGGCCAAAAGUCCAUUCAAGAUUGAACAUCCAAUGGAAAGGAGGCAGGCUGAAGCUCUUCGCAUCAAAGAGAAGUAUCCAGACAGAAUACCUGUUAUUGUGGAGAAGGCUGGAAAAAGUGACAUUCCUGACAUUGAUAAGAAGAAAUAUCUUGUUCCAGCAGAUUUAACAGUAGGACAGUUUGUCUAUGUUGUCCGAAAAAGGAUCAAACUAAGCGCUGAGAAGGCUAUAUUUGUCUUUGUGAAGAACACUUUACCUCCCACUGCUUCCUUAAUGUCUGCUCUUUAUGAGGAUCACAAGGAUGAAGAUGGAUUUUUAUAUAUGACUUACAGUGGCGAGAACACCUUUGGGACCUCUUAUGAGCAACAAUGCUUUGAGUAAAAUAAUAACUUUAAACUUGUACAUUCCCAUAGCUUUGUCUCUUCAAACCAAUGUUCUCAUCCAAUUAUGAUUAAACUCCAUUGAUGAUGUCUAUUGUAAUUAAUAGAUUCAAUGCCAUCAAUUAUAUUUGCUGAAAAGCAUUUGAGUUAUAUGUGACAUUUUAAUUUGGAUCCUAAAUGAAUGGUAUUAAAUACUCAGUACUCUGUUCUUUGGAGUUUCUUUGUCUAAUAGAUAAGGUAAAUUAUCAUCACCA